UUGACAGCUCGGUGACGUGAGAAAAGUGAUGCGCAAAAAAAUUGUGAGAAAAUUCAGUAGAAAGUGGAGAAAAUUCAGUGAAAAUUGAGUAAAAGUAAGUGAAAAUAGUUUUUCAAUAAGCCUUGGAGCAAUGAUUCGAUUCCUUUCAUCGCGUCUCCUUCACCAUGGACGAUAUUUAUGGCGACAAAACCAUCGACGAAUUCACACGAAAAUUGCGGAAAAUACCCGCAAAAGGCGAUCAAAGGCCCCAAGAACUGACCAGCAGGUCAUUAGGUACCAGGAGCCCUUCCAGCGAUACGGAUUUUCCCGACUUGUCCUCCACGCCCGGAAGCUUUUGCUGGACAAUGUUGUCGACAAGGCUUCCAGCAAUCCUCCCGUCGAUCUGCGUAACCAAAUGGUGAAAAAGCUAUUUUAUAGCGAUUCCGGGCCACUUGUAGCCUUUGUGGGCAUUGCAGCCACCGCUGAAGGGGCUACUCUCCUCAAGGAUGCUGAACUGGAAGAAACCUGCUGGAAAAUCCGAGAUACUGUUGAGAAACUUCGUCCUUCCUGGGAUGAAGCUGAAAUCUCCGUUGGAGAAAACCCAAUUGGCCUUGAGGACCUCGAGAUUGGAGGUCCAAUUGCCAAAGGGUGCUCUGCUGUUGUUCAUGCAGCCGCCCUCAAAAAACACGCCCCCGCUACUGAUCCCAACCGCUCCUAUCCACUCGCCCUGAAAAUUAUGUUUAACUACGAUGUCCAGAGCAAUGCUCUAGCCAUCGUGAAGGCUAUGUUUCGGGAGACUGUUCCCGCAAAACAUCGUGCUCUGGAAGUGGCGGGAUUCUGGCAGCAUCUGGCUGAUCAGGCCACUCUCCUGCCGCCCCAUCCCAAUGUAGUGUCCAUGUUGGGGGUGUUUUGUGCCCAAAUGCCACAAUUGGAAGGAGCUCGUGCUCUCUAUCCAUCGGCACUUCCACCAAGACUCCAUGAGUCUGGUUUCGGGCGGAAUAUGAGUUUGUUUUUGCUCAUGAGGCGCUACCACUGCAGCCUGGUGGACUUUUUGAGUGCACAGAGAGAGAAGAAGAUGUCAAACAGGUGGGCUCUGUUGCUUUUUGCCCAACUCCUGGAAGCUGUCGCUCAUCUCAAUCGCUACGGAGUGGCCCACAGGGAUCUCAAGUCAGACAACAUCCUCAUCGACGUUGGAGCUGACGGGACUCCAGGACUAGUGGUAGCGGAUUUCGGGUGCUGCCUAGCAGACAAAAGACAUGGCCUACGAGUGCCUUAUCCAACGGCUGAAGUUGACAAAGGCGGAAAUACAGCUCUUAUGGCACCUGAGAUCAUUACCCAGAAUCCAGGAACUUUCGCAACGCUGGACUAUACGAAAGCCGAUCUUUGGACUUCCGGAACGAUCGCGUAUGAAAUCUUUGGAACUGAGAAUCCCUUUUACGGACCUCAUCUCAAGAACUUUUCCUACCGUGAUGAAGAUCUGCCGCCAAUGGCCGAAGAUGUGCCUGUGAUUGUGAGAAAACUGGUGGGAAAUCUCUUGCAGAGGAAUCCCAAGAAGCGAUUGAGUGCUGAUGUGGCAGCCAAUGCGAUGCAACUGUUCCUCUGGGCACCGUCCGGAUGGCUGCGGCCAUCGUCAAAUGCCCCAACAUCAGCGGAAAUCCUUCAGUGGCUCCUGUGCUUAACCUCAAAAGUCCUAUACGAGAACGCUAUGGAUUCACGUGGACAGAGAAGUGCUCAAUUUACUGAGUACUUCCUUAUCUCGAGCUUCCUGGUUAGGGCCAGUUUGAGGCGCAUUGAGAAGGCACUGCUGUGGAUAAGACGUAUCGUCGUGGAGGAACAUCUCGAGGACGACGAGAUUAAGGUGUGAUCUUUUCCUUCAUUAUUAUUAUCAUUUAACUUUGUGCUCUUCUAGAGUGGAUAGGUGUUGAUGUUAUUUUACCCCAAAAAAUAUAUAUAUUUUCCCUAACAAAAAACGUUUUAUACUUUACACAAAUUUUCAACAAAUGCCAGGAUCUUUUUUAUCCCAACGGAUAACAGAAAAUAUUUAUAAAAAUAAUAUUAGAAUAGGACUUUCUUUUUUUAAGUAGACGCUUUCUCGUUGAUUAUUCACAAUUCUGGGUUUGAAUAACAGUAUUUAAUACGUUAUCCAAGGUAAUUUGAGCAUUGGAUUGACUUUAUCCAGACUCUAUCUUCAGUUGAGUUAAGUUAGAAAAAUUGCACUUUUAUUAAUAAAAUUUUACUAAAAGACUGUGCAUUGUGUUCUUAUUUAUCCGAAUUCGAUAAUCGGUAAGGAUAAUAAAAUUGUGGAUAUGUAACAUUAUGGCCUCUACACAUUGGGAGCAAUUUUUGUCAAAAAUUGCUUUUUUGAAGGAAGUUCCCUGCGGCGUUGUAGGGGGAAACGUCAAAUUUCUGUCAAAAACGCAAUUUUUGACGAAAAUUGCUCCCAAUGUGUAGACGCCUACUUUGAAACACUGUAAUUUGAUAGAAAAGCUUAUCCAAGAUGGUUUGAGUACUGGGUUGCUUUAUCCAAGUCUUGGAUAACAGGUAAAAUACAAAUACUUGAAUUCUUAGUCCUAAAUUGAGGAGUAUUCAGUGUUAUCAAGUAUUUUAUACGGCAGAUAAACACAAUUGGUUCGACAAUUCGAGUAAAAUUUAAAUUUAUUUCAUAUUUUGAAAAAUUGAACUUUUUUAAAUAAAAAUUCUUUAAAAGGCUCUAAAUUCUGUUAGAUUUAAUGAAAUACCUAAUCUCCUUUUUACAGGAUUGCAGGUUAAUUAAAAAAGUUAUCCAAGAUAGAUUGAGCAGGGUUACGAUUUAUCCUUGGAUAAAGCAUUCUGGGAUGUCUGGGAUAAAAGCCUUCCCUGAUGAAUUACAAUAUUUAAUAUUAGUCAAAUGCAUUUUUUAAUAAAAUUUAUCUAAUAUUAGCCUCGUAAAUAUUUGUUACAAAAGAAAUUAAUAUUCAACAUUUUUUUUUCAAAUUUAUCAGUAAUUUUUUAAAGAAAUUUUUGAAAAAAAAUUAAUUUCUCAGCGUUCUAGUUUAUCCGGGAUUUUGAAUAAAUUCUAGAUGGCAUUUUCUUCUAUCCAAGGGAGAUUUGUUCGAAUUUUAAACAUUUGUUCAGUCGGUUCAGUCAGUUUGUUCAAUUGAUAAUAAAAAAAUAAGGAAAAAUUAAAAAAAAAUAGUGUUCGAGAUCUUUUUUAAACAAAAAAAAGCAUUUAAAAUUUCAAAGUGAAAAAUUUAAUAGUAUUUUUAUAGUUGGGAUUAUAGUAAAGAGAGGUAAUUCCGAUGCUUUUCAUAGAGUGCGACUUUAAAACUUGUUUUUGGACUGAUGAAGUAUUUUUUUUACCCAUUCCAAAUCAAAAGAAUUAUUCUUUGUUUCGUUUAGAAUCAUGAUAGAAAAAGAAUUUUAGCAAUAAUAUUGAGGAAAAUUAAUAAAAUAAUAAUAAUAUUAAUAUAUGCGCAAGAACGUUACUGCGAUGCUUUUUUCUAACUCCGUUGAAUUCGAUCAAACUCGGAUGCUCAUUUUAAGGAAAAGUUUAAUGCAUAGAAAUGAGAAGAUAUAACUGUUUUAUCACACUUGCACAUUAAAAUUUUAAUAUGAUUCACAUUAAUUGUCGCUGGUGAGAGUCUAAAUGUGUAAUUUGUGUGUUUCAAUCAUUUUAUAUUCAAAAUUUGAUGUAUUUGUUGAUAAAAAGGUAGACUUUAGACUUGGCCCGCAAAAUUUGAUAUAAAUUGAUUUAUAGCAUUAAUGCGAAAAAUUAAUGCGAUUUUCUCUUUAAUUUUUUAAUGUAAAAAAUAUUUAUGCUUUAUGUAAAUUUAAACUUAUUUUUGCAGGCCAAGUCCACUUCUUUAUCAAUAAAUAGAAAAAAAAAUCCAAAUAUUAAGUGACUCAAAGACACGAAUAACAUGUUUGGACGCUCACAAGCGACAAUUAAUGUGAAUCACAUUAAAAUUUUAAUGUGCAAGUGUGAUAACGCAGUAAUAAGGGAAGUGUACCACGGAUCGGAAUGUUAAGAGACGUGCUCCAUAUUUAGUUGAAUAUAUGAGUUCCAAAACACUAUUUGGUUAUUUUUUUACAUGCCAAUUGAUAUAUUAGUGAUCCAUUUAAUCAUUUUCGUGUAUUGACACUUUUGCUAAUUACGGAAAUUAAUAAUAUAUAGGUGUAAUUGUAAGGAUGCAAUGUGUUCCGCGGAUCGGAAGGGACUUAAUCAGGUGUUCCAUGGAUCGGAAAG